AGCGCCGAUGCGGAUAUCCGGAAACCUUGUCGACGCGUGCAUCUGCACUUUGAGCAGCUCCUAGCCACAGCCACUCAGAUAUCCCACGUCCUGUCGUCAGGUGUCACACACACAGAGGCGUGUGCGGUGCAGGAAUGUCGUCCAGCGGAGAAGCCGUGUUUCGGGCCGUGGAGACGCCGCUGUUCUGGCUCGGUGCUCUGACCGCGGCCUGGCUGUCUGUGUGCUCCGUGUGCCGGCUGCUGUCCGGGAUCAGGGUGUGGGUGCUGGGUAACGGCCGGCUCGUGUCACCCACUACACUGGGAAAGUGGGCAGUUGUGACAGGAGCCACAGAUGGGAUCGGGAAAGCUUACGCGGAGGAGCUCGCCCGCAGAGGCUUUGCAAUCGUGCUGAUCAGCCGCUCUCAGGAGAAGCUGGACGACGUUUCCAUGGCGAUCGCAAGCAAAUGCGGCGUGGAGACCAAGACGAUCGCCGCAGACUUCAGCGCUGUAGACAUCUACUCCAGGAUUGAAGACGGACUUGCAGGGCUGGAGGUUGGAGUGUUGGUGAACAAUGUUGGAGUAUCCUACUCUUACCCUGAGUUCUUCCUCAAUGUCCCCAACCUCGACACUUUCAUCGACACGAUGGUCAACAUUAACAUCACAUCAGUGUGCCAGAUGACGCGUCUUGUUCUACCUGGAAUGGUGGAGAGGAAGAAGGGGGCCAUCCUCAACAUCUCGUCCGCCAGCGGGAUGUACCCCGUCCCUCUGCUCACUGUCUACUCUGCCUCCAAGGCGUUUGUGGACUUCUUCUCACGAGGACUGCAGGCUGAGUACAAGAGCAAAGGCAUCAUCAUCCAGAGCGUUCUGCCAUUUUUCGUUGCAACCAAACUGAGUAAAAUCCGACGGGCUACGCUGGACAAGCCCAGUCCGGAGCGUUACGUGGCAGCUGAGCUCAACACUGUGGGGCUACAGACCCAGACCAACGGCUACCUGCCCCACGCCAUUAUGGGCUGGGUGACUACAGCUCUGCUCCCUGCCAAGAUCCUCAACAGCUACAUGAUGGGGAUGGGUUUGUCCCAGCGCGCUCGUUACCUGAAGAAACAGAAGCAGGGAUAGAUUGGUUGGGGAGCGGCGGCAGCAGCAGACACCACCACCAUCAUCAUUAUGGACCAAGAAGAGAAAACGUGACACUUUCUGACUAAACACCCCCCAACCCCCAUCUCUCCGAUCCUCCUACUCAUAGAUGAUCUGAAGCGGUGACUGGCCGCAGUUGCCGUAACACGUAUUCAAAACAAUAGUGUGAAAAAUAUUGGAAGAAAGUGUUUCUAUUUAUUGAGUGAACAGCUUUAAUGAGCGGAACAUUAACAAGGAAACAAGCUAAUCGUCUGUCUGCAAACUGUGAUCGAGAACUAAAGCCUAACAGGAGAAGGGAAGGAUGCAGGAAACGUGGAUGUGUGUGAGGUUGGAGGCGUCUGUAUGUGUGUGUGUUUGAGCCUCCUGUGAGUAUGUGGACUAGCUUAAAGCUAAUUAGUACAACACUGAGGGACAGUACUUACUUACUGUUAACAUUUUCUAAAGCACUUCAACAAUUUAAAAGGCUGAUGCGUUUUUUUUUUUGUGAUAUUAAUCGCAUCCUUAAUUCUUCAUUCUUAUUUUUUCAUUUCAUGACAUCAGUUUCAAAGUAGAGAAGGCACUGCUUGUAUAAUUGAACCAAACUAUAUUUCAACUGUUAAGAAAAUUUAGAGGGGGCUCUGUAGAUGAAUAGCCAGCGGGGAGAGAGAAGCUGUGUGUAAUAUAGAAUAUUAAAAUGUGUGUUUUGUUUA